UUGUCUUGCACUUGACUGACUUGCUUAGCCAUCGAUUGUUUCAGUUUUUAUAGCAAUGUUCUUAAAAACUAACGCCCACAUUGUCCCGGAACACGGCAGAUAGACGACCUUCAACUCUACUGGACUUAACCGAUUUCAAUGUUUUUCUCACGAUUUGUUAUAUUUUUGUGUUAGUUGCUGCGACUAAACUUUGGCACAAUAAAAAUUGAUAGGUUCGAGAACUGGUUGUGGAUCAAGUUUUUGACAGUUCUUUGAACUCGGUGAGAAAAGGAAGUACAGGAAGUGCUAGAGGUUGCUAUAAAUACGGCCGUUCUUAACUUGGCAAUGCUUAGAUUCAAGACAGAACAUGAGACAAAACAAGAUAACGAUUCUGGGUCUGACCCUGUUGUUUUGCUUGGGACUCGUGAACUCCCACGGAUUUGGUGGAAAGCUUGGAGGAGGUUAUGCACCAGUCUACAACAAUUUUGUUCCCUAUCCUGUCGCCCAGCCAAUUCCAGUGGCGCAGCCUGUUGCAGUCCCUGUGGCUAUUUCUCAACCAAUUCCCGUUCCAGUGCCCCAGCCCGUUGUGGUUCCCAUUAAGCACGGCUGGAAGGGUGGGUUUGGUGGCCUUGGUGGAUUUGGCGGUGGCUAUGGAGGUGGAUUUGGUGGCUAUCAGAACUUUGCUUCUGCCUCGUCUUUCAGCUCUGCCAGUUCUUUUGGCGGAGGCUAUGGGGGCUUCGGUGGUGGCAUCUUUAAGAGACGUUAAUCUGUUAAUUUUGUUUAUUAAAUACACUUAUUUUACUUAGUUUAAUUACUUGAUGUAUGCAUUUAUCAUUGUCGU